CGCAUCCCGAUAAUUGUGUUACAAGAUCGCCGAAUAGUUAUUGUCACUUACUAGAUCGGAUCGUCACCCACCCUUUAUCUUAAUUUGUUCCCGAGAAGAUGCGGGAAUGACACUCUGUUGGUUCUAUUUGUGUGGCUUACUUGCUUACCUGCAUUUCCCGUUUCCCACACCUUUGGAUACCUUGAAUACCUUGGAUACAUUGGAUACAUUGAAUUUACACGGCCCGCGAUAGUGUCACUAUCGUUUUUCAUCUGCCAACAUUAUUAACGAUUUCCUCUCUUGUCCACCGUCUGACCUCAGAUCUGUCGUGCCACGAUCUACGAUCUACGAACCAAUUGGCCAAACUGUAGAUGCUUAGCUGAUGUUCGAUUCCCCAUUGCUUGGUUCUUCGCGUCGCAAUGUCUACUACACCUACUGGCCACAAUGGCUGGGCCACCGCCAACGAUUGGGCUUCACAAAGAGAUUACAUCACAACUCUCUAUCGAGACCAGAAUAAGACGUUAAAGGAGAUUAUGCAGACAAUGCAGGAUAAUCACCAAUUCUACGCAACCGUAAGGAUGUACAAAGCCCGCUUCCAAAAAUGGGGCAUCGAAAAGAAAAUCAAAGCCGAGGAAGCUGUCGAGAUCUUUCGCCAACAGACUGCUCGCGCCGCAGCCGGAAAACCAACGGUAGCAUACAUCAGAGGCAGGCGGAUUGACCCAGAUCGACUACAACGGUAUCGAUAUCGUGCGGCACCUCUUAUUUCGAAAAAGAUCAUGCGCGCCGAAAAGGGGGCCGAUGAUGAGGGAUCGAAUUCAAGGAUAUCCCAAGUAAUUUGUCGAACACCCUCGCCAUCACCGUCGCCAGACACGACCGAUUCCAAUGUAUCCAUUUCCCCCCGCAUCGAGGAACCUACCGAAUUGAGAGUGCCGCACGAGUGCAUGCAGAUUCUCCGCAAUUUCAUAAAUGGGGCAUUCGAUAAUGGGAUAUGGCAAAUGGCGGCCAAGGGAGAUCGAGCUGAAAUGAACGGUGCUUUUACCUGGCAACAUUACGUGGCUUCGUCUCAGGGAUUGAUUCGCCAUGGCCGAAUAAAAGAAGGCUUCUCGCUGCUGGGCAUGUGCUUCGACCAGUACAAGCUACAAUUACAACAACCCGAUUCGAUGUUCUGGCUGGCGACCUACAAGUGCGCAAUAGUCCUCGCGAGUCAAAACAACAAGCUUGGUGAUGCCUUCAUUGACUAUGCUUCAAAGCUCACAGCAUUAAUUUUGCCACGAGGGCAUCCAUUCAACCAAUUAUGGUCUCGAGUUGUACUUACGGGAAUGAGUGGGAUCAAUGACCACGCUGGCGCCAUAUUUGAAUCUUACUUGGACAUGUGGGGACGACAUGUCAACUCGCGGGAGACGAACACUACCAACGACGUCCAGGGCGCGUUCGUAUUUAUUCAGCUUCACUGUACCGGUUUGCUGUCAUAUAAUUUGCUUGAGACUGUCAUUCAGGCUAUGAUUACAGGGGGAGCGAUUUCGAGAGAAGCCGCGGAAUUUCUUCUUCAGGAAACUAAGUUCAGAUUAGCACUUGUUUCCCUUGGACGUCGACGAGUGAAGAAGGCUGAGACUGUUACCAAAGAAAUAAUCGAGUGGCUAGAUACACGACCACCCAGUGCUUACCCGGAUCUCCGCUGCAAGGCUGCCUGGUUGAUGUUUGAAGUUAAAGAGCGCAAAGGAACACAAGCGGAGGCAGUACAAGCAGGACACAACCUUCUCAAACUCUCGCAGGAAAUUUAUGGCCCGUCGCAUAUUCAGACACUUGAAGCGAUAUCCGCCGUAGAAAACUACUGCCGAAAGAUAGGCGCUACAGCAGGAGCCGACCAGAUGGGCCGAGACUUUGAGAGUAGAUGGCGCGUAUUUCGUGAUACGGCGGAUGCCAAAAGCAAUUUCCCACAACAGAUCGACCAACCGUGGUAUUAUCGGUCGAUCGAAUUGGGCGAGAAAGUAGGAUAUGUCCAAGAGACCGUCGAAUUAUUCGAACGAUGCCUCAAGCUAUCAGAUGAUUCUCCCUAGAUCAUUGAGCGUCUAUCUUUAGCAUGAGACACGGUUGCAGACCCAGCCCAGUGGCUACUACUAGGUAAUGAUUUACGACGGCAAAUCAGAUUGAACACUAACACUCGUAUAUACGAGUCAAUCUAUGCCAAAGAAACUAAUACACCCCAUAUAUUCUAUGACCUCAGAAUUUAAGUUAUAUAUAUAGUUGACUAGGUACCUAUCUAUUAUGGAAGCGUCCAGUACUGGAGUUUUAGGGCGUUCUUAAAGGAAAAUUAGGAUAACCAGGCGUAUGGCUAUAAGAAGGCUCGAAAGGGGAAGUCGAACAAAUAUAGGUUGUUCUGCCAUUUUAUACAUCUAUGUAUAGUAUUUACAUGUACUAUUUACUGUUUCAGAGCACAAUCCACUAGAUAGGAUACUCUC